GUUGUGCUUCCGGUUGGACCCGGACCAAGUGAGUAGUGACCGGAGCCGUUUGUUUAUUGGGCUGAGCGUGAGCGGCUGGCGACCACGCGUUGGUUUUCUGCGCCUGUGCUCGUUGCUUUUCGUCUCCUAACUCCAAGUGUUGCUAGGCAACAGCCCUCGGGGAAACUUUGAACCGAGACUGCCGCCUCCUCGGAGCUGAAGAAAGGAGCCGCCGCGUCUCGAGUCUUCCGAGAGAGGCCGGGGUUGCGAGCCCUGAGGUGGAAGGAAGGGAGAUGACAGGACCAGUGGAAAUUGACAGUGAAGAUUGAUAUUUGGAUUAUUUCAACAUGAGCUUCCUGUUGCCCAAGCUAACUAGCAAAAAAGAAGUAGACCAAGCAAUAAAAAGUACUGCAGAGAAGGUGUUGGUUCUCCGGUUUGGGAGAGAUGAAGAUCCUGUCUGUCUGCAGCUAGAUGAUAUUCUUUCUAAGACAUCUUCUGAUUUAAGUAAAAUGGCUGCUAUCUACCUGGUAGAUGUGGACAAAACUCCAGUGUAUACACAGUAUUUUGACAUCAGCUAUAUUCCAUCUACUGUAUUUUUCUUCAAUGGGCAGCAUAUGAAAGUGGAUUAUGGAUCUCCAGAUCACACCAAGUUUGUGGGAAGUUUCAAAACCAAACAAGACUUCAUAGAUUUGAUUGAAGUGAUCUAUCGAGGAGCAAUGAGGGGGAAACUUAUUGUCCAAAGUCCUAUUGAUCCCAAGAAUGUUCCCAAAUAUGACCUUCUCUAUCAAGACAUUUAGCACAGUCACUGCUACUAAAGAUGAAGAGCAAGCACAUCUCGGAACAGUACAGGAGUGCAGCUCUGCUGUUUUCUGGAGUCUUUCAAAAACAUGUUCCAUGUCUCAAUGGAAGAGAUUGGAGUUGUGUGGAAAAUGUCCGGCCCAUGAGUAGGAGACCAGGC